AUGAUGGUGACAAUAACAUCAUAGAUUCUCAUAGUCACUGAAUGGGGCCUUAUGCGUUUGUAAGAGCAAACCAUUCAGGGACAUUUAUUUUGAAAUCAGAGGACUCAAAGCAAAUGUUUAAAAUGUUUAAUUUGAAUCUAUUUAAUUCCAUCAAUUUAUUUAUAAUUCCAUUUAUAAUUACUAAUGAAAACAGAAGGACAUUAUCACAUAACCACUAAAGAGGAGGACAUUUUACUGGUGAUUAAUAUGUCAGACCGAAAACUUAACUUAAAUGUUUCCGUUUGUGUAACUUCAGGUGCACUCUUCUUUGUCAAACCUAUUCGGUCGAAGAAUUAUGUCACCCUCAUGGACCCAUUUCAGGAGAAAUACGGCAACGCUGUCGCUGCUGUCCUUUUCAUUCCCGCUCUCAUUGGCGAUAUCUUGUGGAUAGCAUGUAUUCUUGGCGCACUGGGAGGGACGAUAAGCGUGGUCAUAGAUAUCUCCUCCUCGCUGGCCGUGGGCAUCUCUGCUGCUGUGGCAGUCCUUUACACGUUAAUGGGAGGACUGUAUUCUGUGGCCUACACUGAUGUCGUCCAGCUUGGCUUGAUGCUCGUUGGCUUGUGGCUCUGCGUGCCUUUCAUACUGGCAAACCCCUCCUCUGCCAACAUCACUCUUGCUGCAGUAACCAAACUGCACCAGGAGUCAUGGAUCGGCAGGCUAAAGCCAGAAGAAGCAGGUCGCUGGGUGGAUAACUUAUUGCUAAUGGCCAUUGGAGGGAUCUGCUACCAGAAUUUCUACCAGAGAGUCCUGUCCACAGCCACUGAUGCUCAAGCCAAAAUCACCUGCUAUGCUGCAGCAGUAUUAUGCCCAAUCCUUGCCAUCCUGUCACUCGUCAUUGGGGCAGCAGCUGCAUCUACCAAUUGGAACGAGACCAGCUACGGUUCUCCCAGCCCGUACGAACAGGGCAAAGCCUGGAUGAUCUUGCCGAUUGCCCUUCAGCAUCUUUGCCCAUUUUACGUCUCACUGAUUGGUAUGGGAGCACUUGCUGCCUCUGUGAUGUCAUCGGUUGACUCUGCACUUCUGUCCUCCGCCUCCCAACUGGGCCGAAAUAUCUUCAAGAACAUCUUCUACAAAGGGGUAACAUCUUACAUUACCAUUACUCAUAUUGUGGCAUGUUUGUUUUUUUGGACUUAUUUCAAAGUACUGAAUGUUACAAAGAAAAACACAUGUCACUAUUCUGAUAACAAAUGAAUCGCCCCAGGCACAUUCUAAAAAGUGCAUGAGACUUAAAUUAUGUGAAAUAGUUACCUUAAGCCACCGGAGGCUUUUUACAUUUUUUAUUCUUUACAAUGGGACCGCCAGCAGCAAGACGAUUUGCUGCGUGUCAAAUUCUGCACUGAGCACUUUGCUGUUUUUUUUACUGGUAGGUGGGGAAAAUUGGCGCUGCAGAUGGUGAGAGGGUGAAUUGAAGCAAGAUUGUAGAAAUGACAUGAGAGAGGAAGCAUUCCACAUAUAAUCAUGCAUCCAACAUUUACUUAUCUCGGAGGGUGAACCACUACGGCGCCUGUGCUGGCUUUGUGUUGGCACUACUGCUCAGAGCUCUGGUGGGAGAACCAGGGAUAGGCCUUCCUGACAUCCUGCCCCUGCCGUGGGACAAGAUGGUGGAUGGUCACCGAUACCGCCUGCUCCCUUUUCGCACUGCCAUCAUGUUCGCCACCAUGGCGACUAUUUUAGUAGUAUCAUGCUUUGCUUCGUGGUUGUCUGAGAAGGGGCUGCUAAGAAGAAUAAGUGACGCUGAAACAGACACACACAUGACUUACAUGGCACCGGUCCAAACGGAUGUGGAGGAGAAGAAGACUGAAAGAACAGCCUCACUUAUCCGCUCUACUUGAAUACUUUUCACAAUGCAUGUGGGUGCUCCAACUUGAGAGUGAGUUGUGUCUAAAAUCAUUUCACUGACUAAAGGUACUGAUAGAUAAAUAGAAAAUGAAUAAAUCAAAUAAUAUUUUGGUUAUGUGUCUUAUUUUCCUUUGAGGCAAGGCACAGCGUUGCCCCUCUACCCUGACGUUGCAUAUUUUCAACAAUUGCACCAAUUUUUAAAAGGAGACUUUCAGUGAUUUAGCUUUAAAUUUUGAUUAACUUGGGGGGAUUCACAACAGACAUUAAAAAAGAUUGGUCAAUUUGUGCAGCAAAAGCUGGGAUUUCCCUUGCUUUAACCUCCACAGUUUGACUAAAACACCAAAAAAUACUGUAUCCUAGAGAGUGAAGGCUGCGUUGAGCUGUCAACAAAUAAAAUACCACCAGCCUUAAGCUUUUUUUUUUACAAGCAGUUGAAAAGAUAGUUAUUGAUGCUACAAUACACUGGAUUUUUGUUUCAAAGGGUAAGAUGCUCAUUUUUAAAUAAUUGUUACCCAAUUCUAAUCACUGUUGCGAUAGUCACCUUAUACUGUGUCGACACUGAACUAACACACCUAACAUGGGAGCAAUGUUGAAAACAAAGCCAUGAUUCAGUAUGAGUUGUAUACAUUCUGAUAGUGUUUAUGUGUCAUUUCAGUUAAGCUGUCACUUAUAAACUGGUUCGGUGAAAUGUGACAGAGGGAGUCCACACAAAAGUCAUACUCAGAACUCGAGUAAUUUGGUAAAAAAAACUGAAGGUGCAACCCAGAAAAAAGCAGUGCAGGGUGGAUGUGGAAUAAGAGAAACAGAG